CCGGAUUACAACUUCAAAAAGAAACAAGAGUCAUAAACUCUGCAGCGGAUCCUAGGCACGCCAUGGAUAUCCACUUAAAGAUUCAUGAAACGGUCCGGAGAAGACAGCCUGCAACACAGACAGCUCGGGGAAGCACUGCAGAGAGCGCACCGUCAGGAUUUCCCUCCGUUCAUGGACAUUAGUCACCCGGACUGCAGGCACAAAUGACAGGAUCAGCAGGUUAUUUCCCCUUGAAGCAGAUGAUAAGAAGACAAAGGCCCUUAAGAUGGAUGCUCCCACCUUACUUCCCCUUGUGGAUGUGGAUAAAGGUUUUGCCAUUGCCUUGUUCCUGCUCCUCUGCAUCUUCCUGGCCAUGAUGAUCGUCCGUUGUGCCAGGCUUAUAAUGGACCCUUACAAGGACAUUCCAAACUCUAUGUGGGAGGAUCAGUAGGACAUGGUGGUCAAGCAGAAAAGAGGUCUUGGCGGGGCAUUCUUCUUUAUGAACCUUGGCCUACUGCUUCUGGGGCUCAGAAAGCUGAAGGCUAAUAAAUGGUUCAUGUCAGAAAGAACAAUAGAUUACUAAUCAACUCCUAAAUCACUGCCCUUACCUAGAAGGAACGUAUAGGAUCCUCUGGGGAAUUGAACCACUGGUUCAGCACUGACUUGACAUAUUACCUUUAAUUCCAUUAGCGAAAUGGGAUGGUUCCAGUGCUCAUUUGCUGCAAUUCAUCUUCUAUGGAAUUGCAGUUUUUGUCAGACACUUAAUGAAAUGCUCAAGGCAUCUUCAUUCAUCCCAAAACCCACUAUAAUUCAUUCUUCAGUACUUGACGAUCUAGAAUAUCAACAAGACUUUAGAUCUUCUAGAUGUUUAAGAUCCAUUUUUCUGCAUGAUAGCUCGCAGAGAUGACGUUUGUUCCCAUUAGUUCCAAUAUAUUUAUAUACAGUACUCUGCCAAUCCUAAUUAAGUUAGGAUCAACAUCCCACCCUCCAAAAUCUUACUUACUGUAGACAGGUCCUACCAUCAUCAUGACUAUGAAGGCAUCUUUAGUUGAUAGGGUGCCUCUUACAAUCAUCAUCACUAUAAAGACAUCUUCAGUUGAUAGGGUGCAUCCUACCAUCUUCAUGAUUAUGGAGGCAUCUUCAGAUAAUAGCGUGGCUCCUACCUUCAGUUUGACUAUAAAGGCAUCUUCAGAUGAUAGAGUGCCUCCUACCAUCAUCAUGACUGUGAAUGCCACUUCAAAUAAUAGCAUGCCUCCUAGGCUCCUACCUUCAUUUUGACUAUGAAGGCAUCUUCAAAUAAUAGCAUGCCUCCUAACUAAUUUUGACUAUGAAGGCAUGUUCAGAUGAUAGAGUGCCUCCUACCAUCAUCUUGACUAUGAAGGCAUCUUCAGAUGAUAGAUUGCUUCUUACCAUCAUCUUGACUAUGAAGGCAUCUUCAGAUGAUAGAUUGCUUCUUACCAUCACCUUGACUAUGAAGGCAUCUUCAGAUAAUAGCAUGCCUCCUACCUUCAUUUUGACUAUGAAGGCAUCUUCAGAUAAUAGCGUGCCUCCUACCUUCAUUUUGACUAUGAAGGCAUCUUCGGAUGAUAGAGUGCCUCUUACCAUCAUCUUGACUAUUAGGCAUCUUCAGAUGAUAGGUUGCCUCUUACCAUCAUCAUUACUAUGAAGGCAUCUUCAGAUGAUAAGGUGUAAAGACAUCACAAUUUCUUUCUUUGGGAGAAGUAAAUAUAGAUGGACAUAUUAGAUAAUUGUCUUCCAAACCUGCCCAUUUCAGCAGGAUCACCUAUCUAAUGUGUAUGGAGUCUCCCAUCUCUUGGAUUUCAACAUGCCCAAUCUCUUAUUCCCUCGGGAGAUUAUUCCAAUCUGCCUGUUGAAAAAACAUGUUUUGAUGAGCUGAGUGUGCAUAUUUCUGGUGAUUUGGGAGGCAUUUCUUUCAGCUGAAUGAGCAUUCACCAACAGAACCUUAGAGAUCUUCUUGACAUAGGACUUUAUAAUGAAGCCACCCACACAAUUACAAUAGUUGUUGGUCAAUUGUUCUGUUCUUUCUGACCAUCCACAUGCACACCCAGCUCGAACCCAUUGAGUUUGAUGGGACCGGAUGACCUUCUAAAAUGUAAGAUGGUGUCCCAACUGUAGCCCGAUGGUAGAUGUUGGAUACAAAGAAGGGUCAGGCAUGUUGAAUCCAGUUGUUCUGAAAGGAAAUUAGCCAUCACCAGAGGUAUCUGUCAUCCACAUAUUUGCCUUCCCACCAAGCAUGCAUGUGUUUUGGGGGAUGGUUGGGAAGAAUAGUUGUCGGCUGAUUGUGGGUUUGGCCGACAGCUAUCUGAAGUGUAUGGCCAGCUCUCAAUAUUUUCUGAACCUGGCUUUUUGGAGCCCAAAAAGAAUAGGGGAAAAGAUUUUCCAACACAUUGACAACUUUCAUUGUGUUAUACCGACAACUUUUGAUGGCCAGACAUUGAGAGGACUACUCACCCCCACUGACGUACGUCCAGCUCUAGAUUUUACAUGGGAUCAUUUAGCAAUAAGCAUCAAUGAAAUGGAAGUCGUCCUCCAAGAGCGGCUUCUCUCAGAAUGUAGUCUACCUAUAGCACAAAUUUUGCCGUACUGAUGUCGACCAAUCAGCUCCCAGGACAAUGUGAACCAAUGAAGGCAAAUAGCGGAUUUGCAGCGACACAUUAACCCGUGAGCCACCGUUUCUUACAAAUGUGCAGGACAGCAGACACAGCCGGGUCAAAAGCACAAGAAUCCAGACAACACCACUGUGCAUUCAACUACUAUUCCGAAAGAGGUAUUCGGAGGGAAGCCCAAUUUUUUAUAGGAUUUAAAGACAUUGAGUUUUUAUUUUUGAAAUAAAGAAUACAUACAUUAGGGUGUUUCAUUUUAUAGAAAAACUUGUUAUGGUGGCUCACCUGAUUGUUGCCAUGUGUUGGGUGCUCAAUGUCUAUCUGAUUCACCCAAGUUAAAAUGUGGUAUAUCUAUAUAGACUGGCACUCCUCACCUGGUU